CUGCCGUGCCCGCGGCGUGAGAGGGUGGUGGUGCCCGUGUCGCGCAAUGUGGCUCGGCCGCCUCUCGCAAUCGCUCCUCCUGCGCUGCCGGCGGGCGGUGGCUCUCCGCGCGUCCCGUGGGCCGUCGUCCACCCGCCCGCUCAGCGCCGCCGUUCGCCUGCGGGCGCCGCAGCGGCCGCCGGGUAGGGGCGAAUCAGCGGGGGCGGGCGGCGGAGCGCGGUGGAAAGGAGUGGCAGGCGCCGGUGAGGGUGGAGAAGAAGAAGAAGAGGAGGAAGAGGAGGAAGAAGAGGACGAUGAAGCGGAGCUGGAGGAGCUGCUGGGCCCCUCCCCGCUGGCGGUGGAGCCCGGUGCGCAGCGCGUAGCCGUGGUGCAUCCGGCGGUCAAAUGGGGCCCGAAGAAGUCGCCACUCACCACGGCUGAACUGCAGGUUGCUGAAGCUGUUGCUCUUGUAAAUACCCUUCAGAACUGGACGGUUUUAGAUAAAAUAAUUAUUCCUACAAAAAAUCCUGACAAGAAGUUUAUUUUUGGCAAAGGCAACUUCCAGGUUUUGACAGAAAAGCUUAAAAAAUUGCCCCAUAUGACAGCAGUCUUCUUGAAUAUGGAAAGAAUAUCUUCACUAACAAAGAAAGAACUAGAAGAUGCCUGGGGUGUGAAAGUCUUUGACAGAUACACAGUUGUACUUCACAUUUUUCGGAGUAAUGCCCGGACAAAAGAAGCAAAACUUCAGAUAGCACUGGCUGAAAUUCCACUUCUCAGGUCAAAUGUGAAAAAUGAGGCGUCUCAGCUAGAUCAGCAGAGAGGUGGAUCAAGAUACAUCAUGGGUUCAGGUGAAACAUUCUUGGAGUUACAAUAUCGUCUCUUGAAAGAAAGAGAACUUAAAAUUAGGAAUGCUCUGGAGAAACUAAGAAGAAAAAGGUCUUUACUUAGAACUCGGCGCAAAAAACGCGAGUUCCCAGUUGUCUCAGUAAUGGGCUAUACUAAUUGUGGAAAAACUACCUUGAUCAAAGCCUUGACUGGGGAAGCAGGACUUCAACCCCGAGAUCAGCUGUUUGCCACUCUUGAUAUCACAGCCCAUGCUGGCUACCUGCCCUCACAUAUGGUAGUCAUUUAUGUUGACACUAUUGGAUUUCUGACUGAUCUUCCACAUAAUCUGAUUGAGUCCUUUUCAGCUACAUUAGAAGAAGUGGCUUACUCAGAUCUGAUAGUUCAUGUGAGGGAUAUCACUCAUCCAGAAACCGUCCUCCAGAAAGCAACUGUUCUGUCAGUUCUGAAGAAUCUUAAUCUCCCCAGUCAUUUAUUGGACUCAAUGGUAGAAGUUCAUAACAAAGUGGAUUUGAUAGAAAGGUAUAAACCCACUGAAGAAAAUGCUUUAGCCAUUUCUGCUCUACAUGGACAUGGUUUAGAAGAGCUGAGAGAAGAAAUAGAGAAAAAAAUUUUGGUAGCAACAGGAAAGAAGAUUCUGACAGUUAACAUCAACUUAGAGGGACCUCAGCUAAGUUGGCUCUAUAAAGAAGCAACCGUUCAGAAUAUAGAAGUCAUGGCUGAAGAUGGCACAGCCAGGGUGAAAGUGAUAAUCAGCAAUUCUGCUUUUGGCAAAUACAGAACCCUCUUUCCUAACAGUAAGAUUUUGACACCAUGAAACUGCAUCCUUUUCUAGGAAAAGAAACUGAUCAUCAAGAGGAUGAGAAGAGAAGUUAAUGACCUGUUAGCCCAGGUAUGAAGAGUGUAUUUCUUCUCUAGCUCAUGUUUUAGAUGCAUUUUAGAAAUGGGCACUGUUUCAGAAAACUUCUGUUUGGAAACAGUAAGAGCUUCAUUCCAAGCUUUAAGCUUCAUUCCAUCAGCAAGUGCAAGGGCAGCAUUGAGUUUCUCAGUGUUAAAAAGUUGUUGGCUGUUAAGCUGUGGACCUCAAACAUGUGGAAAUCACUGGAUGGCUGAAUUAAUUUUCAAAAAACUAUCAAGUUUCUUAUUCAGUAUAAAUAAAGUUUUUUACUCCGUU